AUGGCGGAACGCUAUAUUCCCGAGCAUCGCCGGACGCAGUUCAAGGCCAAGAACCAGUUCCGCCCCGAUGAGCUCCGUCGCCGCCGCGAGGAGCAGCAGAUCGAAAUUCGCAAGCAGAAGCGUGAGGAGAACUUGGCCAAGCGACGUGGCAUUCAGACUCGGGAUGGUGGAAUUGGUGUUGGUGGUGGCAUGGCCGCCGCCACCGAGAGUGACGAUGAGGCCAGUGCUAUUGAGAGCGAGCUCAACGUCGAACUCCCCCAGAUGGUGAAGGGUGUCUUCUCCGACCAGGUUGAGGAGCAAAUUCAGGCCACCACCAAGUUCCGCAAAUUGCUAUCCAAGGAGCGCAACCCCCCGAUCGAGCGUGUUAUCGAGACCGGCGUCGUCAGCCGCUUCGUCGAGUUCCUUCGCUCCCCUCACACCCUUGUGCAAUUCGAGUCUGCCUGGGCUCUGACCAACAUUGCGUCCGGAUCUGCCCAGCAAACCCAGGUUGUCAUCGAGGCCGGUGCUGUCCCCAUCUUCGUUGAGCUUCUCAGCAGCCCCGAGCCCGAUGUUCGGGAGCAGGCCGUCUGGGCCCUCGGAAACAUUGCCGGUGACAGCCCUCACUGCCGCGACUUCGUUCUUGGUGCCGGUGCUCUACGCCCGCUCCUGAACCUCAUCAACGAUGGCCGUAAGCUGAGCAUGCUCCGCAACGCGACCUGGACUCUCAGCAACUUCUGCCGUGGCAAGACCCCCCAGCCCGACUGGAACACAAUUGCCCCCGCUCUGCCUGUCCUCGCCAAGCUUAUCUACAUGCUGGACGAUGAGGUGUUGAUCGAUGCUUGCUGGGCCAUCUCCUACCUCUCCGAUGGCGCCAACGACAAGAUCCAGGCUGUGAUUGAAGCAGGCAUUCCUCGCCGCCUGGUCGAGCUCCUCAUGCACGCCUCCACCUCUGUUCAGACCCCUGCCCUCCGUUCUGUUGGCAACAUCGUCACCGGCGAUGAUGUCCAGACCCAGGUCAUUAUCAACUGCGGCUCCCUCCCUGCCUUGCUUUCUCUCCUGAGCUCUACCAAGGAUGGCAUCCGUAAGGAGGCUUGCUGGACUAUCUCCAACGUCACUGCUGGUAACUCCAGCCAAAUCCAGGCCGUUAUUGAUGCUGGCAUUAUUGCCCCUCUCAUCAACCUUCUUGCUAACGGUGACUUCAAGACCCGCAAGGAAGCUUGCUGGGCUAUCUCCAACGCCACCUCGGGUGGUCUCCAGAAGCCCGAGCAGAUUCGCUACCUUGUCUCCCAAGGGUGUAUCAAGCCCCUGUGCGACCUGCUUGCUUGCCCCGACAACAAGAUCAUCCAGGUUGCCCUUGAUGGCCUUGAGAACAUCCUGAAGGUUGGCGAGAUGGACAAGGAGGCUGGCCAAGGUGAGGCCCGUGUUAACCGCUACGCUCUCUUCAUCGAGGAGGCUGGUGGCAUGGAGAAGAUCCACGACUGCCAGAACAACGCCAACGAGGAGAUCUACAUGAAGGCCUACAACAUCAUCGAGAAAUACUUCUCUGACGAGGAUGAGGCUGCUGGCGAGAUCGACGAGCUGGCUCCCCAGCAGACCCAGGCUGGUUUCACUCUCGGUACUGGCCAGCAGCAGCCCGCCGGUGGAUUCAACUUCGCUAACGGUGGUGAUUCCAUGGACAUGUAA